AUGCGAGUGCAACUCAUUUUAUAUCUAUUUCUUGUCCAGUGCGUGGUGGGCGAGACAUACAACACGUGCCGUGUAGAUGCUCCUGCCUUCGGGUACUCUAUUACCAAAUACUACAGGGACAAGUGCAUACACUGCCAAAGCAUAACCCCAAAGAUAGCCAAGAUUGUCCAUUCGAUAGAAAAGGCGUCGCUUCCAAUAAACCUAUACAACGUAGACACGGCAGCAUGCCACGACGAAACCGCAGACAUAGAGUCUAUUCCCACAAUUGUAGUGCACAAGGACAACAAGCAGCUGCUGAAGUUUUCUGGCGACAUGCCAUACGAGAAAAUAGUCGACCUCCUCGUGAGCAAAACCGACCUGAAGAAGAGCGUGUUUGAGCCUGAAGUGCCGGUUCCCAAGGAGCUGCUCACCCUGACAAAGCACGACUUCCUUUCAACAUUCAACGGGCCAUGGAUCGUGUACUUCAGCAACGAGCACGACAGCGUUAUUGAAGACAUUCUCCUGGAGACGUACAAGUCGUUCAAUGGAGAGAUAAAAAUAGCGAGGUACAUUGGCACAGACCAGGAAAUAAUCGCAGGGCGCUACUACAUAUACGACUUCCCGGGGCUGCUUGUGAUGUACGACGGAAUACUAAUGAGAUACAAUGGAGAAAUGACAAUGUCUGCGUUCCACGAAUUCUGCAGCAGGCUGGUUGAGCCCAGCUUUAAAGAUAUCACUGCAGAUGAGCUCGUGGGAAUUACACAGCCCACAUUUGUGGUCUUCUACUCCGACGUGGUCCUGGCAAACAGAACAUUCCGAAGAAUCUCGCACGACCUCAAAAUGAACGCGUCAACAUACAAGAUGAAAAUAGAGGCUGCAGAGUCUGCCGAGCCCAUACUCAGGCUGGCAGUGUUCAAAAACGGAACAAAGUUCUACUACGAUGGAGACAUAAACAAUGAAGGGGAUAUCAGAGAAUGGCUGUUCCACGCCCACUUCCCGAACAUCUCCAAGCUAGGCAUGGACAACUUCUACUCGAUCUUCCACGGGCUAAAGCCUGUUGCCGGCAUUGUAACAGACGGAAACAACAAAGACCUGGACGUGUUCGAAGAAAUUGCGCUUGAACAUAACAGGGGAGCUUCCUCGUCCCCAUACGUGUUUACUUUUGUGGAUAAGCUGGAGUAUCCAAAAUUCACUGAGACAAACUUUGGCACUCUUGGGCGCAGCUCCCUAAUUGUUUUCUUCGACCCCGAGAAGCAGAUGUUCUAUGGAAGAAAGAAAAAGCCAGCAGAGUCUAUUAAAGCCUACUUCGAAACUCAGUUGGCCCAGUACAAAGAGGGAACCCUUCCAAAAUAUGUUAAAGAAAAGCCUGUUUCGUACAAGAUGGUGGCUGCAGGUGUUUGCGCGCUGGCAGUUGCAGGCGGUUUGAUGAAGCUCUUUGUUUCCUCAAAUAAGAAGCAGAUGAGUUCUUUAGAAUAA